UUAGAACUGCAUGUUUUAUGUGAAUACACAUUUUCUAUCUAUUACAGUUACUGUACGUGAAACAUUAUAAAUUAUUUACUAUAAUUAAAAGAUUUUUAUUUUUAAAUUGUUUAUAAAUCUUAAACUGAUUUAAAUAAUAGCACAAACGUGAUAAACAAAGUGAAAAGAUAUUGGAUAUGUUUAAAUAUCAUUCUCUAGUUAGAAAGGGAAGUUUUUCAUGCAAAAAUGGAAUGUUUAAUACUUAAAAUCGUUUUUAUAUCUGCGUUUAAUUUAGUUAUUCAUACCCAAAAGGCAGAUGGAAGUCCUGCACAAUUACUUCAAUCACUACUCAUUUUUCCUGGAACCAAAUGGUGUGGUGUAGGUAGCAUUGCAGAAAAUUACGAUGAUUUGGGAAUGGAGGAAGAAACCGACAAAUGUUGUCGGGAACACGACAACUGUCCGGAUAUUAUUAAGGGAUUUAGUACCAAACAUGGAUUAACCAAUCCUACUUUUUAUACAAGGGUACAUUGUGAUUGUGAUGCAAAAUUUUAUGACUGUCUUAAAUCGACAGGGAAGUUAUCUUCAAUCGAAGUAUCUGCCAUCUAUUUUAAAGUUUUACAUACACAAUGUUUUAAAAAAGAACACCCAGUUUUACGCUGUACAGAAAUAACUAAAUAUGGCUGUGAACAUUACGAAUUGGAUAAAUCUAAACCGAAGGAGUAUCAAUGGUUUGAUGUUAUUGCCUUCUAAUAUUACUGAAAU